UUUGACUAUGGCUCGCCUGCUAGUUGCCGUUUUCGUCAUUGUGAGUGUAUUACUUCCAGCAGCAUGGGGAUCAGCCUUCCAUGCAGCCUCCAAGAAUUUGGGCAUCUACGGCGGGCGGAAUGUCUCUAUCCAGGACAACCCCUUCAUGGCCGCGUUGUUUAUCGAAGAGGACGAUGAUUUGGUGUUCAUGUGUGGAGGUUCUAUCGUCCAUAAACGUUUCAUUCUUACUGCUGCUCAUUGCCUUGAGGAUACCAUCCCGACUGAAAUAAAGGUUCUUGUCGGAACAGACGCCUUGUAUGAAGAAAACGGAAUAUUUUACCACGUGAAAAAGAUAAUUUGUCAUGAAGGCUACGAUGGGGAAAUUAAUGAUAUAUGCCUGUUGAAAUUAAACGGGCAUAUUAAGUAUGGCGCUAAGAUGGCAAAAAUUACGCUACCCGAUAAAGACUUGGAGUUAGAUGCAGGUGUUUUGGUUAAUGUCACCGGAUGGGGGAAAACUGACAAACAUUACGACCGGAAAACUCUUCGUCAAACUACUGUGCCUAUCGAGUCGCCGGACAGCUGUCGCAAAGAAUACGAGGAGCUGAAAGACACCUUCAUCUGCGCUGGGUCGAAAGGCCACGACGCUUGCAAGGGUGACAGUGGAGGCCCUCUAACAUACAAGGGCGUGCAAGUCGGCCUCGUCUCCUACGGGCAUGGAUGCGGCCUCGUUUCCACUGUCUACACCAGGGUCUCUAGCUAUGUCAACUGGAUCUAUGAUAACAUCCUCAAGAAUAUCUAGAUUACCUUUAGAUAAGAGAGUGUUACGAAACCUUUAAACAAACUAGAUUUAAGCCUUGUUCGAUAGAAUUUAAUAGUUAAUUAAAAUCAAAUUUAAAUGUAAACUUUUAAUCAAUUGUAUUCAAAAUUCCAUAUUUUUAAUUAGGAAAUAUAUUCAAUGUUUGAAAGUAUUUAUAUGGCAAUAUUGAGCGUUCAACGACUAAAAUACU